AUGGGCACACUCAUGAAGAAGCUGGCAGCGAUGGUUGGUGUUUUCAACCACUCCGCCGUCAACAACGACGAGCUGAAGGAACUCCAGAGGCUGGAAGAGGGCUUUUCGCGCAUCUACGAGCUCCUCAGACGAAACGACACAAGGUGGACCAGCCAGUUCAAGAUGAUGGAUCGUUGCCUAGCCUUGAAGAAGCCCAUCUCCGAGUACUUCAAAAAAUACCUCCAGAACGAGCGAAAGCUGACACCGAACGAAUGGACCAUGAUCAACGAGGUGUGCAGCCUCCUGAGCAACGUUUCCGAGGUCACCAUACGGAUGCAAGGGUCCGUGGAUACCCACAUCGGCCAGGCGAUGUUCAUCAUUCACGAGCUGAUCGAGAUGCUGGGGGAGGACACCCACCCAAUCCGACAGCCAAACGCCACUGUUGUGCCGGUCCCACCGGAAGGCAUCCCCACGGACGGCACCCAGGUGACGGACCUGACCGCAGAGGCACAGUGCGUGCUCGAGGUGCUGCUGGACGUGAUGAGAGAAAAGGGGGUGGGGAGCGCUCAGGUUGCUGUGGAGAGUCUGUCCGCGUUGAUGGACCCGAGCGGGAAGUUGCUUGACAGCGACCAACUCGAGAACGGUUCUGCAGAUCUCAGGAACAAGGCCGAAGACGACUUGAAGGCGGUCAUCGCCAAGUUUGACGUCGGGCCGUCCACCGAGUCUACGGUGGCGCCAGCGCCAGCUCCGGUGGUGAACACGGACCCGGCGGAACCCGCACCCAAGAAGAAGAAGGUCUCGACAUGGAGGAACGGCGCGCGGCACGUCUGGCGGCAGCUACCGGCGGCGGCGAUGAGAGCGUCUCUCUCCAGAAUCAGUCUCCCACCACGGGCCGGCGCGUGCUGA